AUGCUCUACUCCCUCCGUUAUAAAAGAGUAGAUAUCUGUACUGCAGGUAUACUGACUGUAGCUAAUCUGGCCCGCUAUGUAAGAGGUAUUCUCGUGGGCUGGGGUGCCAAUUAGCACAUGCUGCUGUAGCAACCGCAAAAGCAACAAGAUAGUCAUUGGGGUAUCAAAAAAUAAUCUCCGGCAUCAACACAAAGUAACCCUUACCACCUCAUACAAUAUCAUACUGAAAUUAAUAUGGAGAGACCACCAAGACGUGGACGACCACGCAAAUAUGCAACAGCUGAGGACAAAGCGACGGCAGACGCUCAACGCAGGCGGAACAAACGGCAGAAAGCUGCAGCUAGAAAUAAAGGGAUACCCUAUAGCAAUUUUCAUAAUUUGCAC